UUGGCCAAAACCGGGCUGGAAACCCGUGUUACCUGGAUUUGGGCAUCAAUUUCCAAAAGACAGCUAAAAUAUAGAAAAUUGGAUGGAUCUUACGCUGGCGAUCAACCUCCGAAGGGCUCAAGGCAUCCAGUCCGAGGAGGCGCCAGUUGCUGCCGGGGUGCCGCUGGAAACGGAAUAACAGCCAAAACCUCCAAAAAAUCGAGUCUGAAGUUAGGAUCACACAACACCAGAUCCUUGGCAAAUGAAUCGAAAAGAGAGGCUGAAAACAACUUGGCAAACUACUCUAGUUGUGAUUUUAUCGCACUGCAGGAAACUAGAAUGAGCAAAGGAUGUUCACUGAUAACAGAAGAUGGAAAUGAAUUUAUAUUCCUCGAAAUGAUCAACAAAAAAGUCGGAGGUCUCGGGUUCUGGAUAAAGAAAAAAUUCAGAAGAUCAGUGGUAGAGGUUGUGAGCUGUUCGGAUCGAGUAGCCAUUCUGAAGCUAAAAAUCGGUGAAACAAACCUUGCUUUAUUCAAUAUGUACUCACCCACUAACAACGCCAAACAAACCGAAGUCGAUAAAUUCUACAAAAUGGCGUCAAAAGCCUAUAACAGCGUAGCAGAUAACUGGGUUCGGAUUGUAUGUGGCGAUUUCAAUGGAGCAAUUGGGAAAACAUCUACCCAAGAGCACCCAACCGUUGGAAGAUAUGGCUUGAAAACCAUCACAAGAAACGACAAUGGUGAAUCGCUUAUUGAUUUCGCGAACUCAAAAAGAUUGGCGAUACUAAACACGCAUUUCAAAAAGAAGAGAUCAGCAUAUUGGACCUGGAGAGGCCCAAACGAGAAGUCCAGAUCGAUGAUUGAUUAUUUCAUGAUAAAAGAAUCGAGACGGUUUAUGAUCCGUGACAUCAACACCUUCAACUCCAAUUACAACCUAUCCGACCAUCGAUUGUUGAGAUUGACUAUAAAUGUAGCACAUCGAGACAUAUCCAGAAAAUUGAGACGACCACGAGAAAGAAUGGAUCGAGUUGUGAAACUAGAUAAAUUGGAAUAUUUAAGAUCUCUCGAUUCAAAUCUCGAUUCAAACUGCGCAAACUACAGUAACCUCAUCAAAACUAUGAAAGAAUGUGCAAAACACACUUCAAUUCCGACACCAAAAGAAUCAAGGAUUUCUCAAGAAACUCGUGAAUUAUUGGAGAAAAGAUUCAGAAUCUUGGCGUCAAACCAAGCAACCGCUCUUGAAAAACGAGAAAUAUGUAAGAUCACUCGGGAAUCCUAUCAAAAAGAUCUGGAAAACUGGAGAUGUCGCAAAAUUGAAGAAGCAGUGGCCAAAAGAACCAGCGUGAAAAAGAUGAAGAAAAGAAUCGAAGAGAAGUCGGAAUUGUUUCAAAGAUUGACUCUUCAAGAUGGAUCAAGAACUUCGAAUCGAUCAAAAAUCCGUGAAGCUGUUAAAAACCACUUCAAAAAACAAUUCGAACGCACCGGUCCAAAAACAACAAAAAUCCAAUCAACCACCAGAAAUCCACUACCAAUUUCUAACUCAGAAGUUAUGAGAGCAAUAAGCAGUUUGAAAGUAAACACGGCCAGAGGCCUGGAUGGAAUUGGCGCGGAUAUGAUAAAAUAUGGAGGAGAAUUGGUGGCAAAAUGUCUGACUAAUUCGUUCAACAAAAUAAUCGACGACGAUGAAAUACCAGAUGAUUGGAACAACAUCAGAUUGAAAUUGAUUGAGAAAAAGCCAAACCCAGAACAUCUAAAAGACGUCAGGCCAAUAUCGAUUUUAUCGAUUCCUGGUAAAAUCUUCACAAAAGUUAUGACUUCAAGAUUAAUGGGCAAAUCAGAACAAACCUUGGAUGAAAGUCAACACGGAUUCAGACCACGACGAUCAUGCAGUGACAAUUUGCAAUCGAUUUCAAUCUUGUGGGAAAGAAGUCAUGAGUACAAGCUUCCAUUGAUUCUGACGUUCAUCGAUUUCAAGGCGGCUUUCGACUCAGUUGAUUGGAAUUCGGUGCAAGAAAGUGUAAUUGAAACUGGAUUCUGGCCACAAUAUUUGGAGUGUAUUAAAGGCGCAAAUGAAGUCGGAAUCGGAGAGUUAACAGUACUCGGAGAGAAGAUGAAAAUUGCGAUGGAACGCGGAGUCCGUCAAGGCGACUCAUCCUCACCAGCACUAUUCUCAAUCGCGUUGGAUCAUCUGUUGAGACAAGCUGACCCGAUCCCGGAAAACGACCUUGAUGGAAACUAUGGGUGCAAAAUCCACGGGCAGUAUAUCUCAAGACUUUUAUUCGCAGACGAUCUGGUGUUGAUCGAUACAUCGAGCAAAGAUGCCCAAAAACGCGCUGAAAACAUCGCCAAGAAAUGUGAAGAAGCUGGAUUAUUAUUCAACACUUCAAAGUCAAAAGUGUUGCGAAAUGAAGCAGCUGACAAGAGGUUCAUUGUGGUCCGGGGAGAAAGACUGGAAGACGUUGAUCAGAUAAAAUAUUUGGGCCGCAUUUUCAUGAAAGACGGAUCAUUGGACUCCGAAAUCGCAAAUCGGAAAAGAUCAGCGUGGGCUGCUUAUCACGGAAUAGCCGAAGCGUUGAGUGGAAUUGGAAUGACCAGAAAAAAUCAACUGCUGAAACAAAGUGUUGUUGCAGCUGCAAUUUAUGGUGCAGAAACUUGGAACACAAAGGUCAAAGAUGUCGAAAUCAUUCAAAGAACAAUCAACCACAUUUGGGUGCAAGCUGGAGCCGGUAAUCCGCCAGAUAUGACAAAUUUGAUUAUGAAAACAAAAAUCAGAUGGGCAGGCCACGUGGCGCGCAUGUCUCCGACUAGAUAUUGCAAAAUCAUAACACUGUCGGACUUCCCAGAUAAGUAUCCAAGAAGGAAAGGCAGACCAAAAAAGCGCUGGGUGGACGACAUCAAAGAAGCAGCAAAAGUCCACAAUCACAACCAAAAUUUAUUGGGUCUCGGUGGAGACAGAAGAAGAAGAAGGAUCGGGAUAAUAUCCAGCAAAAUUCCCUGGUCACGAAUGGCUCAAGAUCGUUCACAAUGGAGCUGUCUGGUUCACAGUUAUGAUCAAUGA